GCGGCGGCGGCGAUGGACCAAAUCAAACAAGAUGAUGGUGAAAAGGACAGGGAGAGGUCAAUUGCGAGCGUUGUUAUUGACUCCCUGCUUCUACCUGUUCGCAUAGCAACGUCGCCCGCUCUGCUCCGAACGUACCUGCGAACCGCGUUACUCAUCAUCACAUCCACCGUGCUCUUUGGCUUCGCGGUUGUUGCCUAUUCCUCCUUUUACUACGCCUACAUUCCUGUCCGCGGAAUCGUAGUGCCUGUAUACCUGCAGUUUGACCACGGGCCUGUAUCCUUGUAUGGAAAUGCAGCAGGGAAGCUGGCGAAAUGGCCGUAUGGCCUCGCCAACAUACCCGGGCUGGUGCAUCGGCAAAAGUACGAUGUAGUUGUCGAGCUGGAUGUCCCAAGGAGUGAGAACAAUCUCAAUGCAGGCAAUUGGAUGGUGGGGCUCGAGUUUCGCGGGCCCUCGACAGUCGGCCAGGGCGUAAAGCAUCUGCUGGGGUGGGACGAAGAAUGGAGUGUCCAGGACCACAGUCAAGGCGGUGUACCUGGUGCAACGGCAGAGAAGGUAGUAACUGAAGGCACGACGAGCGAGACGCCUACGGUACUUGCCCGGAGUAGACGCCCAGUGCUACUUACCUACCGAAGCCGUAUCCUCGAAAUGAUAUACCGCCUCACGCGCCUGCCCCUGUACCUCGUGGGCUGGCAUACCGAGUCAGAGCAUAUCGAAAUCAGCAUGAUGGAGUCGGUCAUGUUCGAACCGGGCUAUCGCAACAUACCUUCUUCCCUCCGCCUCGAGCUCCGCUCAAGACUCCCAAUCGAAGUCUACCGCGCCAGCGUACAUAUCAGUGCCCGCCUCGAAGGAAUCCGAUGGCUCAUGUACAGGUAUUGGAUCACCGGUGCAAUCGUAGGCAUCCUAGCUUUCUGGACUAUGGAAAUGUGCGUGUUACUCUUUACAUGGGGUCUUUUCACCCUGCUCUUCAGCAACUCCCUCUUCGCACCCGACGACAACAACAACAACAACAACGACGCCCACCCGAAAAUCAAGUCUGAAAACGACCACAAGAUGCCCAAACUCGAGCCCGCAGAAACAGACCCGGAAACUCCCUACAGCGAUACAAGCCGCACUUUUCCCACGCUGCCCUCCCAGCGCCCGCUCUCAUACACCUCGUCUUCCCCACCCAAAAUCGAACCACACUCGCCUGCCCUCCGCGAUAUCCCGCUGCGAGAAGAUGCCGAGGCUGAUGAUGAAGAUGACGAUUUUAUCCUGGAAGAGCCUGUGCCUCGAACUGUGGAGAGAGAAGGCGUGUUUACGGAUUCGGGCAUUGGAACCAGUCUUGAGAGUGGGGUUGAGAGGGGUUUGGCGCGGAGACGCAGUGCGAGGGGGACGGGAACGGGGAGGAAUGGGAGUGGUGAGGUGGGGUAG